UUUAUGUAAAGUCUCAAUCUAAAAAACCAUAUCGUAUUUUAUGAAUGCACAUCGUAGAGUACGCGAAUUAUUUGGAUGUUGAAAUUCAUCCACUACCAACAACAUGGCGAGGAGAGGAAAAUCGAGAACGAGUAAACCUCAAGCUGUUUUUAACAAUAAUAAGAGAAGAAAAGCUUCAGAAAACAAAUUGUUACAAUCCUACGAUGAGAAAAAUGAGGAUUCGUUUUUCGAUGAUGAAUUAGACGAAGAAAACGAUACCGGAUACCAAGUCGGCGUGAAUUCAGACGACGACGAAGAGAUUGAUAGUGAUGAAGCUUUCGAUGAAGAUGAUGAGAAAAAGUUUUCAGAUUGGUCUUUCAGUGCCUCUAAAGCUAAAAAUGUUCCCCAGAGAAAAUCAACUCAGCCGGGGACACAUAAAAAGAAAGAAAGUAUUUCUUUAAAUGAAAGUGAAGAUCAGAAUGAGCAAUCGGAAAGCGAAGAUGAUGAAGGAGCUAGUAUUGAUGAAAACGAGAUGGUCGAUUUAGACACAAUACUAGAUCAGCCGAGUUCUAGUGAAGAAGAUAAUGAUGAAAACCCUUCUAAAGAUACGGAGCAGAAGCAUCAUUUACAGCACAAUGAAGGUAUCAUUGAAAGCGACGAUUCUUCAGAGGAUGAAUCUAAUUCUUCUGAUGAAGAUGAAAAUCUUGAAGAGAGCGAUGUCAGCAGCUCUGAAGGUGAAGAGUCUAGUGAUGAUGAAGAAAAUGAUGAGAAGUUGGAUAAUUUGAAGAAGUACAUUGACAGUUUAAAUGAUAAGCGAAAGGCUCAAGCAUAUCCUGAAGAUGAUGAAGAUCAAGAAAAAACUGUUGAAAAGAAACGUGUCAAGCACAAUCCUAUUGAAUUUAACCGUGAAUCUGAAUUCAAUUUGGUUGGAAAUGAAGAUGGGAAGAUUGGACUUUCUGAUCUAUUAGAGUCCGUUCAAGUUGACAAUAGGUUGAAAUCGUCCUUGAGACCUUUAAUUAGUGAGUCCUCGGCUGUGUCAGCUUCAAAGCUGGAUGCCCCCUUGGCAAAGCCCAUACAAGAUCGUUUGGAGAGACAAGCAGCCUAUGAGCAAUCGAAAGAAGAUCUUGAAAAAUGGAAACCUAUCGUUUCGGAUAAUAGAAAGGCAGAUCAGUUGGUAUUUCCUAUGAAUGAGAGUGCGCGUCCGGCGCCGAGUAGCGCUGCGUUAGCUUCUAGUUACAAUCCGGAAACUAAGAUCGAGAAGAAGUUAGACACGGCAUUAGUUGAUGCAGGGCUUAAAGAUGAAGAAUCCUUGAAAAAGCAAGAAGAACUUACUUUGAAUAAACUUUCGGUUGAAGAAGUAGCCGAAAGGACACGUCGUUUGCGUUUCAUGAGAGAACUUAUGUUCCGAGAAGAACGGAAAGCCAAGCGUGUUUCCAAGAUUAAAAGUAAAGCAUACCGGAAACAUUUAAAGAAACGAAAAGAAAAAGAAGAAUCUCUCUUGCCGAAAACGGAGGAGGAUUUGGAAGCUGAGCGUCUUAAAGCUGAGGAGAACCGUGCUAAAGAAAGAAUGACUCAGCGUCAUAAAAACAACAGUGCUUGGACUCGAAAAAUGCUUGAACGUGCAAAUCAUGGUGAAGGAACUAGGGAAGCAGUCAUGGAGCAAAUUAGAAAAGGAGACGAAUUAACACAAAGAAUUAGUGGUCAAACGGACGUCGACGGUGUUGACUAUAAUUCUGACGAUGGUUUAGAAAGUGCGGACGAUGUUUCCCGUGCUUUUGAUGGCGUAAGAGAGACUCAAGAGCCUGAACUGAAAGGAGUUUUGGGUAUGAAAUUUAUGCGAGAUGCUUCUAAAGCGAAAGCUCGGCAAGUGGAAGAUGAUAUGAAAGCUUUUGAAACUGAAUUGGCCAAUAUACCUGAUGGUGACGCUUCAGAUACAGUGAAAACUGAGAAUACCGGUGUUCUGGUAGGAAACAACGAAGGACGUCGAUCAUUUGCACCUUCUAAGGAAGCAUUGAACGAAGUCCGAGCAGAACGGAAGAAUCCUUUCUUAACCACUUCUCAAAAAGAACAACUCGAUAAAGCUGAAAAAGCUACUAAGAAGGAAAAGAAAAAAAACAAUAAGAAAGAUAACAAAGAAGUAGAAGAUUUUGUGACGGAUGAUACGAAGAAUCCAUGGUUACAAACCUCUCGACAACGGAAACCUAACUUGGCAGAUGUUAACAAAAAUAGCUCAAAAACUGAGAAACUUGCUCACAAGAUGAAUACUGAUAAGGUAAAGUCAUUACAAGAAUUAGUACAUGAACCUGAAAUUCAGCCCGACAGAGUAUUCAACGAAACUUCUUUUCAGAGCGAGUCAGAGCAGGAUUCAGAUCAAGAAGUGCCCACAUUGAAACCUACAAAAGGCAAGGUUGCUAUUCAACAAAGGGAGUUAGUUGCCAGGGCUUUUGCUGGAGACGAUGUGGUUGCGGAAUUUGAGAAGGAUAAAGAGGAUUGGAUUAAUGAGGAUGCACCAAAAGAAGAAGACCAAACUUUACCUGGUUGGGGUUCUUGGACAGGCUCCGGAGUUAAAAAGAAGUCAACUAAGCCAAAAGCUGUAAAGAAAAUCGCAGGGCUGGACCCCUCCAAGCGAAAAGAUGCCAAGUUACAACAUGUUAUUAUUAAUGAAAAACGCAACAAAAAAGCAGCUAAACUUACCGCUGAUAGUGUUCCAUUUCCAUUUGAGUCUCGCGAACAAUAUGAAAGAGCUCUCAACUUACCAAUGGGUCCUGAAUGGACAACCAGAGCCUCUCAUCAUAAAGCCGUGGCUCCCAGGACUGUCACAAAACGGGGUAAGGUUAUCCAGCCACUUAAAGCGCCAAAAUAGGCUCGUUUGGAUGCGACUGUAUUGUGGGUUUUUAUCGUUCUUCUUGGGCUUCUCUGUUUUGACAAUUUAUCGUAUAGAGAGUUGUGAUAGAUGUAUUAUAACAAUUUAGAUUAGGGUAAAAUGGGUUUUAGGAAACAUAAUAAAGAGUUUGGUAAGCAUAACGCAUCGAAGGAUUCUAUGAACUUUACAUGAAAAAGCGAAAUAAAAAAUUCUUAAAUUACUAACAUGGCGGAUAUCCGUUUCACAACAACCACCGACAACAACAUUGCCGUCAUUUAAUUUAGAGUAUUCAAAAGAUGAGUCAGCCCAUUCCUCGGGAGAGGGAGCAGGCUUCACUUCAGAGGUGAGAGAUGUGGUAUAAGGAUUAGGAAAACCACGGCCGUCAGGGUAGAGCAUCACAGUUUUGUCAGCAUGGCCUUUAAAAAGAUCCGAGAGGGUGCUAGUGAUGGUGGGAAGUAAACUAAUGUGACAGCAAUUGACACCAACACCCCAGAUAUAUUCAGAAUUUGUGUCUAGAAGAGCAGUAAGAAUUUGUUUCACACGAUCAAGACUUUUCAAAUCGGGACAAGUGCUAGUAAUCCAGCAUCGCUUGUUCCAACCCUUGAAGUCAGUCAAAAGCUUGUGCAAGGCAAGAGCCUCAGUGAUGUGUGGAAGACUUUCAAACGCCAAAUAGUCAAUUUGCUUAAAGGCUUCUGGGUUAGAAGACUGAAACUGCUCAAGGCGCUUUUUGUGAAAGUUGUAGAGCAUAUCGAAAUCGCCAGGUUUAUCGUAAACCAUGCGGUAUUCCAUGGCUCCUGGAAUGGUUGCGGCAUGGCUACCCAGAGUAAGAGCAACGUAUUUUUUAGGAAGCUUAACUUCCUCUCUGGCUUGCAGGGCAAGGGCCAUACUGCGGGAGUAAACUUCCAAGAGAGGGACCUUUUCAACUUGCUCGUCAUAAAUUGAUUCAUCAAGCUGGUAGGUAAAAGUGCUGAUAAUGUCACAUACUUGAAGAUAAUCUUUAUGGUGUUGUAAGACUUCCUUUGGAAAUUGCACAAGCGCUUCUGAAGUCCAAAGUCUUGAUGUCUCUAGUUUUUCAACUGGGAUCUUUGAUAGAAUGGAAGUAGAACCUGCGUCUAAAACAAGCAUUUUUUAUUUUAACAAAUCGAAAUCGAAC